UGCAUUCGGCAUGAAGUGGACGGUUUAUUUUGACGUUUGGCUGCAUUCGAGAAUUUUGUUGGCUAAUUAGACUUGGUUAGCGCCUACAUAAAAGCCAGACAGGCAAACAGACAGAGUGGCGGACAUUUGUAUGUAUGUGCGUAAGUGUGUUUCUUACUCCAGCAAAUGGCAUUUGAAGAGGAUGCUGCAUGCCAGCACGCAACCAUUGAAGGCGCAUUCAGUAAGACUUUGGAAACGUGUCUGUGCAGACGUUAUACGCUCAACAGCUCAGCAAUUUUUUUAACUGCUUUUAAUUUUGGUUUUUUUUUUUUUUAAAUUUGGAGUAUUCGUUAAAUAUUUGUGUACCUAUUAGGAGGCGCCUUUGUGUGUUUGAAAAGGCCUACCUAUUGUCAUAUAGAAUGUGGCUGAUCUAUUGUUGUUUGGCACAACUGCUGACAGGCAUGACCAUAGCAGGUGUUGCAGAAAGUGAUGGUCGGCCAGUGUUACAAAGGAAAGAAUUCGUAACGCUUCAUAAAUGGACUGAGCUGAAAUUAACGGUGCCGGAGAGUUAUCAGCAGCCAUCGACGCUGGAUGCUAUACGAUUUGCACAAGAUAAGCUCUUGCCAGUAGAUGUUGAUGUGGAGUACGGUGAUGAUGGUUACCACCGCACCUUCCUUACAAUUCCACGUUUGAGCAACGGCGUUCUUUACUCACUCACUGUGGUCGCUGAUAGUGAUAACUCGACUGUUCUCAAUCCUCUUCUGGUGCCCUAUCCCAGCUAUGACUGGCACUUGAGUUUUGGACAGAAUUGCAGCACUAUAACGUCGGCGAUAAGAACUUUUAUUGAUGACUGCUGGCGUUUAUGGGUAGUUGAUUUGGGUCAAAUUAAUGGUAUUCAAUAUUGUGCACCUCAAAUACUGGCUUUCGAUUUGGUCACAGAUCAGCUGAUACACCGUUAUAUUAUUCCUGCAUCACAGUACACGCCUGGUGUAUCGAUUUUCACGGCACUCGCUGUAGAUGUGGAUGAAUCUGCGCCGAAUUUGGAGUGUGUUAAUGCUAUGGUCUAUAUUGCCGAUCCUUGGGGCUAUGGAUUGAUUGUUUACAAUAUGGCGCAAGGUCAGUCUUGGCGCAUACAAAACACUCACAUGCAACCAGAUCAACUGUUGACCCAAGACAAGACGGGCAGUAGUGGCAUUUUCACAGUGAGCAUUAGUCCUCGGCAACACAACAAAGAAGAAGCUUUAAUGCUCGGCGGCCGCUGCGGUGUAUCGGUUAGCAGUGCACGCUACCAUUCCGCAGGGCCUGGAAUAUUUAUUACGCGUUCAUUUCCAACCAAUUACGUCAUGUGGACGGGAGGCUUCAUUCUAUUACUACUGGCCUUAACACUCCAGGUCAUAGUCUGUGUAAAGCAGCGCAAUUCAGAAACAGUAUAUCAGUGGAAACAGCUCGUCUAUGGUUUCCCUACCGAGCAAGAUCGACAAGAAGCACUAGCCAAUGGUAAUUUAGUACCAGCAAAUGGAAUACCAAUCGAUGUGGCGCCACACCAACAAUCUCAAAAGGGUUCGCGUGUCUUCAUCACAAUUCCCCGAUUUCAAACCGGCAUCCCGUACACGCUGGCCACAGUGAGUGAUAGUAAUGAAGCUAAUGGUCCGGUUCUGAUACCAUAUCCUAACUAUACUUGGCAUAAUGCCAAUGGCGAAGAUUGUAAUAAAAUCACUUCCGCAUUUCGUGUGGCGAUCACAGAGUGCAAUCAGAUGUUUGUUAUUGAUUCAGGCGUAAUCGGAACUACUCAAAACUGUCCGCCACAGCUACUGAUAUUCGAUCUAAAUACAGAUACUUUAGCGCAUCGCUAUCGCUUUGAAGGCAACAUGUACGUGCCGGUGGCUUCACUACUCAUCACUCCACUUGUUGUCGUGCACGAUCCUCCACCGAAAGGCCGCUGCCAACGCCUGCAUGUUUACAUUGCUGAUGUCACACAUCACGGCCUGGUUAUCUAUGACUCGGAGUCGAAUAGCGCCUGGCGUGCCGAGAAUAAAUUCAUGUACCCAGAUCCCGAUUAUGGCACGCACACGAUUGCACGCGAAAGCUUCAUUCUGAUGGAUGGCAUGUUUGCUUUGGCCACGGAUCACCGCCAACUCUACUUCCAUCCGUUGGCCAGCAACAGCGAAUAUGCGGUGCCUUUGAGCGUCUUAAACAAUCGUACAAAUUGGGAUGGCAACAUGGAGGCAAUGCAAAAUGAAUUCCGUAUGGUGGGCAAACGUAGUAGUGAAUGUGCUGCCGAAGCGAUGGACAGUCAGCGGAAUUUAUAUUGUGUCACAUUCAAUCCGAUCAACGCAGAGUUCACACAGCAGAGAAGUGCGGAAAAGGUGAGCUGGGUUGAAAUGAGAGGCGUCGAAGAAAACACCUUGCUAGACUCUAGCAUUUGCAUUUGUGCAGUGAAGUGA